AUGAGGCGGUGCGUCGCGCGCAGAUGUUGCCCGGUUUCUAAAAUCCUCGCUGAAACUAUUAAAACAACAGUCAGCGAGAACUCAAAACACGCCUGGGAGGAACUUUUGACAUUUUCCUUUAAAGUUCUACAUGUCAAUAAAAACGAGUCUAGUAAAUCCCUAACAGCCAAAAUUAAAGAAAACUGCCAUCAUAACUCUCCAGUACAUCACGAUUACCCUCAACACUCUUUUAACAACCGAAACAUUUAUAAAUUAGUAGAAAGCAAGGUAGCCGAUGGCGACAUUAGGGGAGCCGCCCGCAUCAUAUUUUCUAGCGAUGUGGUAGCACCGAACAGCACAGACACACUUUCAGCUCUAACUGACAAACAUCCACUUCCAGCAGCCAGUCUCGUGUUGCCCGACCCUCCCCAGCCCAGUGAUUUACCACUCAAGGCGAGCGCCGAGGACGUCCUGGGAGCCGUCAUGUCGUUCCCGAAUGGCUCUGCUGGUGGCCUAGAUGGCCUGUCGCCACAACACCUAAAGGAUCUGCUAAGCAAUGACUGUAACGGAACGCGUGACGAGCUCCUUAAACAAGUCACGUCUCUAACAAACAUUAUGCUGGCAGGUGAAGUACCAACAAAUGUAAUUGACAUCCUUUACGGUGCCAAUUUGUGCGCUUUACAAAAAAAAGACGGUGGUAUACGGCCAAUUGCUGUUGGAUCUACUUUCCGCCGUCUGGCUGCAAAAAUAGCGUGUCGUGCUAUUCUUACAAAACUAGGCAAAGACUUUAGCCCCCUCCAACUGGGUUUUGGAUCCAAUAGCGGUUGCGAAGCCGCCGUCCAUGCCGUGCGAACCUUCGUGGAGCGUCGGGCGGGCGAGGUGCUGUUGAAGGUGGACGUAACAAAUGCUUUUAAUUCCGUGGACCGAGGCGCCCUGCUGACCCAAAUCAAGGAAAAAAUUCCCGAAACAUACAAUUUUCUUUGGCAGUGCUAUAAUUCACCUUCUAAACUUGUUUAUAAAUCAAAUCUUUUGGCUUCAUCUGUUGGUUGUCAGCAGGGCGAUCCCUUGGGCCCAGCUAUUUUCAGCCUUGCUAUCCACCCUAUCAUCAAAAAACUAAAUUCUAAAUUAAACAUCUGGUAUCUCGACGUUGGGACCCUUGGAGGCGAUGCCAGCACAGUUUUAGCCGAUUUACAGGCGCUAACAGAUGACCUAAAGACUAUCGGCUUAACCCUAAAUUUCUCGAAAUGUGAACUGUUCAUCUCAAACCAUGUUACUGGCUGUCAAAGAAUAGCAGACGACUUUGCUUUGAUUGCCCCGGGAAUAAAAAUCAUCCGUGAAACUGAGCUUCAACUCCUUGGCUGCCCAAUUUUAGACCAAUCUUUCGAUGAAUACGUUAAUGACAAAAUUCAAAAUUUCAGAUCUAUUUCGGACCGUCUUUUAAACAUCAACAUGCACACCACCUAUUCCAUUAUACGACACUGCCUAUUUGUGCCCAAAUUUACGUACGUUCUCCGCUGCAGUCACCUUUGGAAGCAUCCUAGUUUACUUCUCAAAUUAGACUCGCUAAUUGAGGACACUCUGUCAUCUGUUUUUAAUAUUCGUUUCGAAGAAAGGUCUUGGACCCAGGCUACUCUGCCAGUUCGGCACGGUGGCCUGGGUAUCCGCAAAAUUUCUAGUGUUUCGCUCCCAGCUUUCUUAUCCUCGGUGCACAAUGCUCAAAGCUUGAUUGAGAGCAUUUUAACUCCUUCUCUCGGCACCAUAGAGGCAGCCCAUUGCACCGAGGCCAAGAACGUCUGGCUAUUAACCUGUGGAAACACAGAUCCGCCUGCCAAUCUCUGCUCGCAGAAGCAGUGGGACGAGCCGCUCUGCCGUCUAGUACGGAAUAGUCUUGUUGAUACGUCAACUAGCGCGGCAGAGCGAGCUCGUCUUCUUGCUACUGCGGAGUGGGAGUCGGGCCUGUGGUUGCAAGCAGUACCCUCACCAUCCAUAGGCACCUUACUUGACAACUCCACCUUCCGACUGGCGACAUGUUUGCGUCUAGGGAUUACAACUAACGUCCCCCAUCGCUGCCGCUGUGGUACCAUGGUGGAUAGCCAUGGGCAUCACGGGCUCUCCUGUGGCAGAAGCGCCGGCCGCAUACCCCGACAUGCCGGCAUCAACGAUAUCAUCCGAAGGGCCUUUGUGAGUGUCCAAGUCCCAGCCAUCCUUGAGCCAGUCGGUCUGGCAAGGGACGAUGGCAAGAGGCCCGACGAGUGA